ACUUUUCUUUGACCCAACAUUUCACGCUCUCACAUCAGUCUGCCGCACCCGUCGCCACCAUCAGCAUGGACGACAGAAACAACAUCAGCCCGGCUAUGAUCCGCAUGUGGCGCGUCUAUCGCACCGUCAAGGAGAUGUGCAUGGACAGGGGCUACGAGAUGCUGCAAGAAGACACAGAGAUACCGCUAGAAGUGUUCAACGCGAGAUUCUCAAAGGAGGACGGUGAACCCGAUCGCACACGCAUGCACUUUUCCUGCCAGCCGACCGAGGCUAUGCUUGCAAAAUAUUCCGACCCACCGACGGCGAAGAUCCCCCACCCAGUGCCCCAAAUCGGCACCAUCUGGGUCGAAUUCAACUCCGACGAGAACGUCGGCCUCAAGCAGCUGCGCGACUACAUGCAACAUCUCGUCAACGGCAAUUUCUACUCUGGCAUCAUGAUCUGCUCGAAGCCCAUGACUGGCAUGGCGCUGCGGCUGUUGCGCGGGUCAGCGGGCAUCGAAGAAGGUCCCAAGGGCGGCGUCGAGGUUUUCGUCGAGCAGGACUUGCUCGUCAACAUUACUAAGCAUGAGCUGGUCCCCAAGCACGUGCUGCUGAGCAAGGAAGAGAAGCAGCAGUUGCUGGAACGCUAUCGGUUGCGGGAGACGCAGUUGCCCAGGAUCCAGGUCACCGAUCCGGUUGCCAAAUACCUCGGGCUAAGAAGAGGGCAGGUGGUGAAGAUCAUUCGGAAAUCCGAGACGGCUGGCAGAUACGCAAGCUACCGGUGGGCAAUAUGAGAUUCUUCUGAUUCUCUCUAGCAAGGCGUCUGGCGCACGGCACUCUGGUGGCAUUCUCAUGAAUCGUGGCAAAGGAGUUUGGACUUGAUUUUGAAAGAGCGUACACCUGUGACAACGGCAGGCACUCGUAUUGCCCAGCCAUGGCAGGUGAUCGAGAAAUCGCAUCUUCAUUGGGUACAAGAGUGUUUAGAUGCGUAUACCAGGAGUUCUACAAGACUGUAUCACUGCAUCACAGCAUAGCCUUCUCCCCAACCCCAUCCUUGAUAAUCGUCCCUCUUUCCGCACCCAACUGCUUGUCUCUCAACACCCUUCUCAAAAUCUUCCCGCUCGCGCUCUUCGGGAUCUCAUCAAUAAACUCAACCUCCUU